UAAAAGCAGAAGAAGAUCACGAACUAGAGGAACUCGACCAGUUCCCCUCUGUUCCCUUACCUCAGUCAUGUUAUUAGUCACCAUGUUGGCGUAGAAGGAUAACCAAACUCAAAACAACCAUCCUGUUCUGACACGAACUAUUUAAAAUGGCAGGCGAGGAGGAGAGGGGGGUGGUUCGUGUCAAAGUCAAGAAAUGUGAUGGGGUGCUUCCUGUGGAAUUUCGCUCCUUUGCUGUUGAUCCUCAGAUAACAUCACUGGAGGUCCUGCAACACAUACUUAUCAGAGCUUUUGAUUUGAACGGGAAGCGGAAUUUUGGGAUCAGUUACCUGUCUCGAGAUCGGAGUGGUACUGGAAUGUAUCUAUCUCUGGUGUCUGAUUGGGAUUUGGAUGUUGCAUUUGUCAGCGCAGCCAAACCAUAUCUACAGCUCAAGAUGGACAUAAAGCCUUCAGAAGAGAGUCCUGUCAUGGAGGACUGGGACAUCAUAAGCCCCAAAGAUGUGAUUGGCUCUGAGCAGCUUCUUGCAGAGAGGACUAGGUCUUUGGCAUCUGCAGCUCUUCCCUUCACCCAGUCUCUACUGUCCCAGGUGGGCCGGACCUUGUCCAGAGUCCAACAAGCCUUCAGUUGGUCUUAUGGGGAGGAGAUCAAGCCUUUCAAGCCUCCUCUGAACGACGCAGAGUUUCACAGUUACCUUAAUGGACAGGGCCAGUUGACACGACCUGAGGAACUCAGACUGCGAAUCUACCAUGGUGGUGUGGAGCCUUCACUGCGCAAGGUUGUUUGGCGGUACCUCCUGAAUGUCUACCCUGAUGGACUGAGUGGACAGGAAAGAAUGGACUAUAUGAAGAAGAAGACAAGGGAGUAUGACCAACUGAAGAGAGAGUGGACAGCCCGGGUCAGUCACGAGGACCUUGAAUUUAUCCGUGGAAAUGUUGUCAAAGACGUCCUGAGAACAGAUCGGGCUCAUCCAUACUACGCAGGCUCAGAAGACAGUCCACAUUUGACUGCCCUUACAGACCUGCUCACCACAUUUGCCAUCACACAUCCACAGAUAUCAUACUGUCAAGGCAUGAGUGACAUUGCCUCCCCUAUACUUGCAGUAAUGGACAAUGAGGCACAUGCCUUCAUUUGCUUUUGUGGCAUUAUGAAACGUUUGGAGGGGAACUUCCGGCCAGAUGGGCAACUCAUGUCUAUUAAGUUCCAGCAUCUAAAGCUGCUUCUGCAGUACUCUGAUCCUGAAUUCUACUCUUACCUGGUGUCCCGAGGAGCUGAUGAUCUCUUCUUCUGUUACCGCUGGCUGCUUCUGGAGCUAAAGCGAGAAUUUGCAUUUGACGAUGCUUUGAGGAUGCUCGAGGUUACUUGGAGCUCCCUGCCCCCAGAUCCUCCUGAAACUGAAGUGGAGCUUGUUGGUCUACCACUGGAGACAACUGUAACAAUGACCUGCAGAGACAAAGACAAAACAGUUGAGAAUUGCCUCGAAGAUGAUGAGGAACAAAAAGAGAAGCAACGUAGGCGGCAUAUGUUGAGGCCAUCAAGAGAAGAACCAGAUGUAAACACAAAUGCUGUCAUAGAAGAAAAAGGCGGUGCUGGAAAGGGAGAUGAGGGCAGUGAUUGUGAUAUUCAUCAAAUGAGCAUGGGGAAGUCAAAUUUGCAGGCUCCUCUUUUUGAGAGGCAAACUAGUUUUGGCGAGUUUAAAUAUUAUACUGCCCGAAAUGAAGAUAACUUUGAUAUGGAAGAUACUCAGCAGCCACAGGGUUUGGUGGCUUCAAGGUCAGUACCAAGCAUUCCAAGGCGCCAGUCCACAAUUGACAGUGAGGAGGACCCAGGAGAGAGAACGCCUCUCAUAAAAAAUUGUGACAAUGGUUUCUCCCCAGUGUUGUCACCUCCCCCCUUUCCUAGUGGCUUUCCAAUUUGGAAAACUGGCUCCUCUGUCUCUCCCACAUCUUCAGCACCCUCCAGCUGGCCAGGAGCCUCUCCAGACUCUCCUCCAAAAUCCUCAUUCCCAUUCACAACCAGUGGAAGAGAGGCCUUACCAAGAACUGUCCCAAAAGUAUUUACUUCCUCUGCCCAAGUGUGCAGCAGUACAGGGAUCAACUCACCCACAACCCCUACUGUAAAGACAUCUGUUACAUCUCCCUCCCAUACUCAGAAUCGAUCUCUACUCUCUUCACCUAUUUUGUCAUUUGGAAGAGGUCACUCAUUGUCUGGCAGCAGAUCAUCCUCCAAUAGUCUCCCUUCACCUGACAACAAAUCCCCUACCACCACAGCUAACAUGCCCAGUUCUUUGAAAGCUGAGACCACCAGCAUCAAACCAUGUUCCCUGCCCCCUCCUCAAGAAUUUGGCAAAGGCAAUCCCUUCAUGCUGUUUCUGUGCCUGUCCAUCCUGCUGGAGCACCGAGACCACAUCAUCAAGAACAGCUUGGAUUAUAAUGAGCUAGCCAUGCACUUUGAUCGCCUUGUGCGGCGCCAUAACCUGAGCAGGGUGCUGCAGCGAGCCAAGGCCUUAUUUGCAGACUACUUGCAGAGUGAAGUGUGGGACUCAGAAGAAGGAGAUGAGGUUAGCUCUGACUCCCCAACAACAGCUACCACUGCUCCAUACUCCCCUUCUUCAACCAUCUCUGUUAGGCCAAUUUACAGUCCUUUAGCAUCACCUCAAUCGUCAUCUCCAAACUCGGCCAACAAACUUGCAAACACCACUCCCUCCCCAACAGCUGAAAUUUCCCUUUCCCCUACUUCUUGAUUCCACCAUACAAUAUUUGCUCCUCCUCCUCAGAUGACUGACUGUGGCCCAUUGGAGGUUGGGCUUUUCUUUUUUAGUCAGCCUUCCACACUGAAUUGGGCUGUUAAUUAUCCUCUCAGUCUGUGUAUGUUUGAAUUUUGAAUAUACACCUAUCAGCCACAACACUGGUGUGUAUAUAUAUUACCGUAUGUAUAUGUUAUGAUAAAAUGAAAAUAUAUAUUUGUGUUUGUAUGUAUGUAUGUAUAUGUAUAUGUGUGUGUGUGUGUGUAUGUAUAUAUAUACACAUACACACACACAUAUAUGUGUGUGUGUGUGUAUAUAUAUAUAUAUAUAUAUAUAUAUACUUGUGUGUGUGUGUGUGUGUGUGUGUGUGUGUGUGCGUGCACAAAGUAUCAGUCAAAAGUUUGGACAGACCCUCUCAUCAAGUGUUUUUUCUGAAGACAUCAAAACUAUGAAGGAACACAUGGAAUUAUAAACAAAACAAAAAAAAAGUGUUAAACAAACCAGAAUAUUCACAACACUCGUGGCAUUCUCUCAGUCAGAUUCAUGAGGCAGUCACCUGGAAUGGUUUUCCAACAGUCUUGAAGGAGUUCCCAGAGGUGCUGUGCACUUGUUGGCUGCUUUGCCUUCACUCUGCAAUCCAACUCAUCCCAAACCAUCUCAAUUGGGUUUAGGCUAGUUGAUAGUGGAGGCCAGGUCAUCUGUUGCCUGGGGGCAGUCCUCAUGAGAGCCAGUUUCAUCAUAGCAUUUGAUGGUUUUUGUGACUGUGCUUGAGGAUACAUUCAAAGUUCUUGAAAUUUUCCGUAUUGAUUGAUCUUCAUGUCUUAAAGUAAUGAUAGUCUGUAUCUAUUUACUUAGCUGGGUGGUUCUUGCCAUAAUAUGGAUUAGAACAGUAGUCAAAUAGAACUGUAUAGAACCAACCCCACCUCUGCACAACACAACUGAUGGUCUCAGACACAUUAAGAAGGCAAGAAAUUCCACAAAUUAGCUCCUAACAAGGCACACCUGUAAACUGAAAACUGUUCCAGGUGACUACCUCAUGAAUCCGACUGAGAGAAUGCCAAGAGUGUGCAAAGCUGUCAUCAAAGCAAAAGGUGGCUACUUUGAAGAAUCUAAAAUAUAAAACAUAUUCUGGUUUGUUUAACAGUUUUUGUUUCCUACAUAAUUUUAUAUGUGUUCCUUCAUAGUUUUGAUGUCUUCAGUAUUAAUCUAUAAUGUAGAAAGUAAUAAAAGUAAGUAAUAAAAACAAAGAAAAGCCAUUGAAUGAGAAGGUGUGUCCAAACUUUUAAUAGGUUGUGUGUGUGUGUGUGUGUGGGUACACAUAUAUAUGUAUAUUCAACUCAUAUAUCCAACUCAUCUCUCUCUCACACACACACAUACAUAUAGUACAUAUACAUAUGUACACAUACAGUCCAUUCAGAAAGUAUACCUCUUCAUGUUUUUCACAUUUUGUAAUCUUGCAGCUACAAUAAAAAAAACUUUUUUUUUUCUCAUAAGUCUACACUCAGUAGCCCAUUAUGACAAUAUGAAAGCAUAGUUUUAGAAAUCUUUGCAAAUUUAUUAAAAAGGAAAAACUAAAAAAUAUUUAGACCCUUUGUUUUGACACUUGAAAUGUCAAAUAUCUCCCAUUUCUCUUGAUCAUCUUUGAGAUGAUUUACACCUUGACUGGAGUCUACCUGUGGUAAAUUCAAUGGAUUGGACAUGAUUUGGAAAGGCAGACACCUGUCUAUACAAAGACAAAGACAGGAUUGUGUUGAGGAAUCUGGGGAGGGCUACAAAAAGUUCUGCUGUAUUGAAGGUUCCCAAGAGGACAGUGGCCUACAUAAUCCUUAAAUGGAAGAAUUUUGGUACAAUGAGGAGAGAAAGAUCAUGUGUGGCGAUGGGAGAAACUUCCAGAAGGAGCUUUAUGGCAGAGUAAAUCUCUUCAGUGAGAGCUUGCAAAAAAGCACCGAAAGGACUCUUGGACUAUGAGAAAUGAGAUUCUCUGGUCUAUCCUGAUACAGGAUUGAGCUAUUUGGCCUCAUUUCUAAGCAUUAUGUCUGGCAGAAACUAGGCAUGGCGCUAAGAAUUGGUUGUCCUGGAAGUUUUUUCCCUUCGCCACACAGGAUCUCUCUCUUUUAAGGGUUUUUGUUGUUGUUGUUGUUGUUUUUUGUUAUUUUUAACACAAGACUAGAAUGUAACAGAAUGUGAAAAAAGUGAAGGGGUCUGAUUACUCAGAUGAAUGCACUGUAUAUGUAACACUAAAAUCACUGACAGAUGUCGGGAAUAACACUGAUCAUCCACAACACUCCCCAGUGUAAGAGGCCUUCCUCAGCAGAACAAUGCACCCACCACACUGCAAAAACUGCUCAGAAAUGGCUAAGAUGUUGACCUGGCCUCCAAAGUCCCCAAAACCUAAAUCAAUCAGUAACUUGUUUUAAUGUUGAGGGUCACUGUUGUAUAUUUAUGUUCCUUGUGUCAAUAGUCAAUGUAAUUUAUUUCUUUUGCCAUCAAUCUUUUUAAUUGAUGAAAGGAUUGUCUGUCCUUGAGUGGGGUCGAAUUUCUCAUCGUGCCGUCUGAGGUUGCUGAAGUAUGGCAUGUCUAACCCUGUGAUUCAGGCAUUUAACAGUCAGACAGUUGGGCUGUCUGAGCUAUGCCAGAACCAACAGAAGUUUAGCCACUUGGUGCGUUUAGCCUGUGUUGUCCUCUUAAUUAAGUUUGUUUACAAACUCACGUUGUGUACAGUAAACCACAAAAGUAUCUUAACUAAAGCAUUCGAAUUAGAGACGAGAAGAAAAAAAUGUGGUAAAAAAAACAAUAAAAAUAGAGCAGUCAGAUGACCGGUCGACACACGGUCAGUGUGUAUGUUGCUAGCUAGCUAUGGUUAACAUCUGUAAUGUCACUGGCUUUUGGGGGCCAAUAAACACAGACUGCACAGUCUAGUGAUCAAAUGACACAAGGUGAAAAUUUGCUUUGCCUUUGGUCAGAACACACUUUAAAGGCCCAGUUACACCAGCUACUAUGACAGUGAAAUUUUAGACCAAAAGAAGUAGAUUUUAAAGGGAUGAGUAGAUUAGUUUAGGAGGAGAGCUUUUGUUUUGAAUUCGCCUUUUCUGAACUUUUUCUGAACUUUGAUACCUUACUCUAUACCUUACUCAGCCACGAGCAUUCCCUACACAGAUUGGGGGCAAAAUCUAAAUAUUAUUUUUUAUCUGAUUAUGUCUUCAGUUUCAUUUUGUAAUGUCAAUUCCCUGUCAGCCCUUCUAUAAUAAAGGCAUAAAAUGGUCAAAAACAUUUUUUUUAAGAAUCCAAAAGUGAGAGCGUGGAAAUAUUGGAUUUAAAAUCUGGGUGUCAGCAUUUUUUCACUCUGGGCAAACUAUAGACCUUUAUGACAUCAUGAAAAUACAUUCUUCUGAUUUAACAGGCUGCAUGACAACAAGUUACUAGGUCUGGCUAGGUAUAACAAAUUUACAUUUAUUACACAUCAAUGAACCUGCUCCAUAAACAUGCAGAAAUUAGAGAAAAUGGAGACUAGAGAGAAAUAAAUAUAAUGAACUAGAGUUUUUUCCUGAGUCCUGAGUUCAGAGAUCCACUCCCACACACAAGGAUGGUGUGUCUGUUGUUGCUCUAUGGUCAACAUUUCUGCCAGCAGUGGGGGAGAGAAAAAAAAAAAACAUACAGACUGCACAAAAAAGCCCAGCACUCAAAUUCAUGCAGGACUUCAGACAGAAAGUAAAGCUAAUUUUUGCCUUAACACGUUUUGAGAAAUAUCAUUGAUGAGUUAUGUCAUUGGAGGGAUCUCAGCUUGUAUUUGGAGACUACAAAUUUAUAACAGAAAGCCUUCAUGACAACCUUUGGCAGCAAAGUUUGAAAGACAAGGACCUUUAACAGGCAGUGAGGGUCUAUCAAAGGGAUCCUAUUGAAUUGCAUUAUGGGAAAUGGAGGGUGCUGUGUUCUUGGAAGUUUGACCCAGUUGGUUGACCUUUGCCUCUGCUGUUUUAAUUUUGAGCACUUUAUACUUUCUUUUGUUCUCUUUACAGCUGUCUGCAUUGUGUCAUACAGGGUGAUCUAAAAGCCAGUCCUUGGGCUGAGAGGUAUUUGACUGAUUUGAACUGAUUUGAAUGAAACUAGAUUGUAUCAAUUUUAAACCAUUUAAGAUAUGCAGUAAAACAGCAUCUAACCAAAAUUCACAGGCUCUACAUAUUUCUGCAUGAAUCAUAUCUUAAGAUCUCAUUUACAUUUUCAGAAAGCCCAUUACUGACAGGACAAGGGAAACAUUUGUCAAAAAAUGGAGCUAGAGUCAAAAAUAUAAUAUACUAAAUCUAAAUUAAAAAAUAUACAUCUAUAGUGUUUGAAUUAGGGCCUAUUCUGAAGUAGUUUUAUUGUUGUCAUUCUUUUUUUUCCCUAUCUUCCAUAAUUGAAAAUGUCAUUAAUCAUAAAAUGAAGGAGCUGGAGAUGUUCCGAGCACCUCAGGAAUAUUUUUUAAAUUAUUUUAUUCCUAAUAAAGCAGACUUGAAAAA